GGAAAUCUCUGUCUUUGUGCCUCAAUGUCCGGGUGUCCCGUCGACCACAACGCGCAGAAAAGAACAGAGUCAUGUCCAGUCGACCACGGAGCAUUAUCUCACCAGUCAUCUGAAUCUUCUAGCUUGAUAUGGUCCCGUCUGUUCUCUUCUCAGCCCAAAUCAUUCUCGUCCGCACCACAGCCUUCUGUAUCCCAGCUCUCCACGGAGCGUGUGCUCUCUUCCAUUCCCAAAGCUAGAGACGGGAACUGGGUGUACCCGUCAGAGGCUCAAUUCUUCGCAGCAAUGGAUCGCAAGAACCACAAUCCUCAGGCCGCGGAUAUGAAAACUAUCGUACCGAUUCAUAAUGCCGUCAACGAGCGGGCGUGGACGGAGAUCAUGAAGUGGGAGGCAGGGCGCGGAGGCGAAGCCUGUGGUGGAGUCAAACUCGUCAAUUUCAAGGGGCGACCAGGGGAUCUGAGUCCCAAGGCGAGGUGCAAGUCGUUUUUAGGCUAUGCAGCACCGUUUGACAGGCAUGACUGGAUUGUGGAUCGCUGUGGGACGCGCACCCGGUAUAUAAUCGACUUUUACACGGGGCGUAGUGAAGGAGCGCAGAGCACUCUGUCGUUCUAUCUUGACGUGCGACCUGCGUUGGACAAUUGGGAAGGCGUGAAAAUGAGAGUUUCACAUUUCUGGGGGUCGUGGUGGCAGAAUUCGAGAUCUUCGACACCAAAGGCUACUUCAUGAUUCUAUGAUUUAUUUUACAUUGUGCCUUUGCAAGCAUUUGACAAGAGCGAAUUAACCUUUAACUGCGCGGAAAGUGCUACUUGAAACAGCGUCGUGAUGAUCCCAAGUCGACUUCUAUCGAACAGUUCGUCAACCUUUAGAGAAAGGACACAAAUUGAAUUAUGCUUACUGUCAUGAACCCUCCCAUCGAUCAACCUCUGCAGCGCAUACAUCCUCCCAUUUGGCUUCCCAGCCUGAAACUUCUAUCCAUAGUUGCUCGGCCCAUUUCGUAAUGGCGUUGCGAGAGUCGUCGAAAGAAAUGGAAUGGCUUCGGAGGACCUCGACAAGCUCCAUGUGUAUGAUGAGUUCACGAUGAUAGGUAGGCAGAAUGUCUGGCAAAGAGGUCAC